AUGAGAUUCCGCUGGGCUACCUGCCUUUUGGUCGUACUAGCUACCUCUGAAGCUGUAGGGGCUAGCAAUUGGUUCAGUAGGUCUGUGUACAACAGCUGGCAUGAGACUGAGCUUGAGCGAUGGCUCACCGACCAUGACAUCCCAUACCCAACACCUGCCGACCGCAAAGACUUGGAGAAAUUGGUCAAAAACAACUGGAAUGCCAAGGUGCAGGCGCCUAUUGCCGAUAUCUCUGACACAGCUACAGACUACUUGAGCAAUGUCAAGGAAUGGAUUUUUGACAGCUGGACCGAGUCUCGUUUGAAGGCUUUCCUUGAUCGCCACAGCAUCCUAGCUCCUCUGCCACGCAAACGUGACACACUUAUCCGCGCCGCGCGUGAAAACUACGACGCUGUUGCAAAGAAACUUGGCGAGACAGCUGCCUAUCCUGGAAACUGGUUGUACGCAGAAUGGAGCGAUUCGGACCUCAAGGAAUGGCUCGACGCUCGUGGAUGGCCCGUUCCUCAACCCACUACUCGUGACCGUCUUAUUGCAGCUGUCCGACGCCGAUCUCACCUUGCCAGCCUCGCUGCGAAGCAAUCUGCUGCUUCACUUUCUGCCUCCGCAGCUGCCGCUGAACACUCUCUCAGCGAAGCUCUCUUUGAAGCCUGGUCUGACUCUAACUUAAAGAAGUUCCUUGAUGAGAACGGUGUCAAAGUCCCUCAAGGAUCAAAGCGCAACGAGCUUAUCGCGUUGGCUCGCAAGAAUCGAAAGUACCUCACCAACCAAGCCUCAAGAGUAGCUGCAUCUGCCGAGAGCGAAUUUGGUGCCGCUACCUCCAAAGCUGGUAAUGAAUUUGCACGCGCCACUGAAGAUGCGCAGCUCAAGGCUGAAGAUGCAUUUGAUGCAGUUGUAGUACAAUGGUCCGAUUCUCGUUUGAAGGCCUUUUUGGAUGCACGUGGCGUUCCCGUACCUCAGCACUCGAAGCGUGAUGAGCUACUUGCCAAGGUCCGACUUUACAAGCACAAGGCUGCGACUGGUUACAGCGCCUGGACCUUUGACACUUGGACUAUUGACAACUUGAAGAAAUAUCUCUCGUCUGUGAACAACAAAUACGCUAAGAAAGCUGAUGCUACCCGUGAAGAACUCCUGAAGCAGGCUCAAGAGGAAUACGCAAAAGCUUCCAAGAUUGGGGGCAGUCGUUAUGCUUCCGCUACAUCUUACCUGGCCCAGGCCACUGCCGCAGCUAAGAAGGAUACUUUCAACGAAUGGUCCGAGUCUGACCUGAAGUACUACCUCGACUCAUAUGGUAUCCCUACCUAUCAGGGUUCUCACGUCAACGAGCUCCGUGCUGCCGUCCGUCGCAACGCCCAAUACUUCCACUACGGCACCAGCUCCCCGUCCCAGACGAUCCUUGCUCGUAUCCAGGAGGGAGCUUGGUGGCUCGUUGACCAGUUGAAGUUCGGUGCUGCGCUUGGUCGCGCCCAGGGCCAGGAUGCUGCGGAGUCUGUAAAGAUAAAGGCAGCUGAGGUCACUCAAAAGAUACGAGAGGAGUUGUAA